ACGGAACUCAGACGUGCCGAACGUUUCAGGCCAGCGCAGGUCCCGAAGUGCGAACAUAGGGCGUCAUGGCUGGUUUCAAAGUACACGAACUCCGCGCGAAGAGCAAGGGCGACUUGCUUGGACAGCUUAAAGAGUUGAAAACGGAACUUGCCGCUCUUCGUGUGGCAAAGGUUACCGGUGGUGCUCCAAACAAACUGUCAAAGAUUAAAGUAGUGCGAUUGUCAAUCGCUCAGGUUCUCACAGUAAUCCGCCAGAACCAGCUUAAGAACUUGCGCGAGGCGUUCGCCGGAAAGAAAUACCUUCCUCUUGACCUCAGACCCAAGAAAACUCGAGCUAUUCGACGCAGGCUCACCACUGCAGAGGUGAGUGCUAAAACAGUGAAGCUGGCGAAGAAGGAGUCCUACUUUCCAACUCGCAAGUACUCCAUCAAGACCUAAAUGCUUGGCUCCAGCGUUUUGUUGGGCACAGAGAUGCGAUUGUCUGAAGGGAUUAUAAUACAUAAGCAGAGCCUUUCUUC